GUAUGAACCUACGAUGGGACUUUUUUGUGAACGCGUAUGACACUUCCCGAUAUCUACCUGGAACGGGCUUGGAUGGGAGAGAAAAUAGACAUAUCGCUUUUGUCAGCCAAUUUGCAUCGGUCGUUUCAGUUCUUCAAGUGUGUGUUAUAUAUCCCCGUAUUCUGUUUACUAAGUUUGCCUUAUAG